UGGCGCCCGCCGGAGUAAAAAAUCACAUGUGAUUCGAUUUGUUUGCUCGUAUUUAGUUCUCCAACGAAUGUGACACCACGAAAAGGACAUACAAUGGCUUGCCACUUUAGAAGAGCGAUCGCCGGUUUGAUAUCAAAAGCAGCAAGAAUACAUGAAGAAAAGAUUGUUCCCUUGAUACAAGUUUCCAAUCCAAAGACUUCAAGUGAAGGAGAGUUCCUCCUGCCCAUUAAACCACUGAUUGACAUCGGGGUCCUGCCUCCAGACUCAGUAGAGAGUGGAACUGCACAAGAUACAAUAGCAAACCUCACAAACAGGAUAAGCUGCCAGCACCCAGUGUUGAAGGCAGUGAGCAACAAAUAUGGAAUCCAGUUUUCUGUGGAUCAAGCACUCUUGAUAAAGAGUGUCCUCUCCAAAGAACAAGAGGACAGAGAACAGUAUGGCAGACGGAGUGACUUAUUUGGUGUGAGGAAGGGAGAGAAGGUUGUUGUCGAGUACAGUUCUCCCAACAUAGCCAAGCCCUUCCACGCAGGUCAUCUUAGGUCAACUAUCAUGGGGAACUUCAUUGCCAAGCUGCACCACGCCCUUGGUAACAAGGUGGUCAGGAUCAACUACCUUGGGGACUGGGGGGUUCAAUUUGGCCUUCUUGCUGUAGGUUUUCAGCUGUUUGGUUCAGAGGAGGCCCUGCAGACAAAUCCUAUCCAGCAUCUGUUUGAGGUGUAUGUGAAGGUAAACCAAGCUGCUGAGGAGGAUGAAGACAUCCACAGGCAGGCCAGAGAGUUCUUCAGACUACUUGAACACAGGGAUCCGACAGCCUUAGCGCUGUGGACAAGAUUCAGGGACUUAAGUAUAGAGGAAUACUCAAGGAUAUACAAGAGACUAGGAGUCCAGUUUGAUGAGUACUCUGGUGAGUCCAUGUACUCCUACAGGUCACAGCAGGUCAUCUCACAGUUACGGGAGGCUGGGCUGUUACAGAUCACUGAAAGAGGCACUGGAGUUGUUGACCUGUCUGAAGACAACAGCAUGUCCUUCUACAGCACAGUCACCAGGAGUGAUGGAACAUCUCUAUACAUCACCAGGGACAUUGCAGCUGCAGUAGACAGAUAUGAGAGGUUUAAAUUUGACAGGAUGUAUUAUGUGGUAGACAAGAGCCAAGAAGAUCACUUCCGCCAGCUGUUCAAGACACUUGAGAAGAUGGGAUAUACCUGGGCAGACAGAUGCCACCAUAUAAAGUUUGGAAGAGUCCAAGGCAUGAAGACCAGGAGGGGGGAGGUGGUGUUGUUAGAAGACAUCCUGAAUGAAGCACAGAGACAGAUGUUGGACAAUAUGCAGCAGGCUGCAACCACAAAACAUAUGGAUAAUCCUGAGGAGGUUGCAGAGACAGUAGGGAUCACAGCAGUACUAGCUCAGGAUUUCCGUGGCAAGAUCUUGUCUGACUACAAGUUUGACUGGAACAGGGCACUGCAGAGUAAAGGGGACACUGGUGUGUUCCUGCAGUACACACAUGCCAGGCUGUGUAGUUUAGAACGUGAAAGCGGGAUGUUGGUACCUGACAGCUGUGACCCCGCCUUGUUACAGGAGCAACAGGCGCUACAACUACUGCAGCAGAUAGCUGGGUUUGACCAAGCAGUUCAUAAAGCCUGGACUGAAUUAGAGCCAAGGCACAUCCUGUCUUACAAUCUGCAGCUCAGUCACCUUGUGGCAGCUGCACACAAGUCACUCAAGGUCAAGGGCAGCCCAAAGGAUGUGGCAGAAGCACGUCUUCUGUUGUUCCAUGCUGCUCGUGUGACGUUAGCCAAUGGGAUGGAUCUACUCUGUAUGACACCUGUGGACAGGAUGUGAUGUUGACCAAUGAGAAGGCUCUACUGUGGAUAAGAUGUGAUGUUGACCAAUGGGAAGACUACUUUGUUUGACACAUGUGGACAGGAUGUGAUGUUGACCAAUGAGAAGGCUCUUUUCUGUAUGACACAUGUGAACCUGAUUUGACAUUAGUCAAUGAAUAGGAUGGCUCACAUAUUUGUAUAUAUGACACCUGUGGACAGGUUGAAAUGCUACUUCAGCUAUUCCAUUUAUUAAUACACAUAUAGGGAGAAAUGUGUUGAGUGACAGAAAACUGUACAGUGAUCUCCUUCAAGCAACUGUUGUACUGAGCUGCACUGAGACUUGUAAAUAAAAAAUAAACAGUAAAAUCUGC